AUGGAAGAUUUAGAGUUUCAGGUGAAGAGAGUAAGGAUCUCACUUGAAGCCUCAACAAACUCUACACAAGAAAUUGAUAAUGAAACGGAUAUUGGAAGGUCUAUUAUGACAAAUUCACAUAAUGUGAUAAACUUUCCUUUUGCUGUCGAUAUACAAGAAUCUAUCGACCAUAUAAGUAUAUCAAGGCAUGCUCACAAAGGACGUUUCCAUGAUCCUCCUACUUCUAGUGCUGAAAAAGAUUAUCAAGAAUAUUUUAGACAACACUGUAUACCUCUGACAGGUACACUUAUGGUUCAUGACACACACCUAAUUCCCAUCCUUGACAGGAAUGUUGGACAGUUGGCCUUUUUUGCUUUAAAAAUCUUUCGAAUUCAACCAACACUGGAAAAGACAAAAGAAGAGAUUACCUACUAUCGCACUGCACGUGCAAUUCUCAAGUACAAUAAUUUAGGGUGGCAGUGGUUUAUUACACUUCUUCAACGGACUCCAGAAGAAUUAGGAUGGAGAGAGACAGAAAUUUCUUACAAUAAUAAUUCUGAUUGCGUUAAACUUCUAAAAUGGCUAGGACAUGGAAGAACUGCACAGGUCUUUGAGGGAAUUGUUUCAAAGGGACAGCAUGUAGGUCACAGGGUUGCAGUCAAGAUUGCACGAAAUUCCAUGUGUAAAAAGAUCAAAGAAGAAGUGGAUAUUCUUAUGAUAUUGAAGGAAAUUGAUGUUAUGGAUUGGGGGUAUGCUGUAAAUAUUAAUCUUUCAUUACCAUUUGCUGGUGGACUUGACUGUGCAUCAGAUUUAGUGUUGGAAUCAGUGAGGGAUAGAAGGGAGAUUGUUUAUCAGAAAUCAGAUGAUUUGAUUAGUCUAUUGAGAA